AUGAAUUCUAUCCGCCAGGUGCAGCAGCUCAAUAAGCGCGAGCUAGAACAUGCUGUGCCGCCAGAGGCAUCAUGGCACGCGGACUACCGUGACACCGCGUAUAUCUACAUCGGCGGACUUCCAUUUGAUUUGACCGAGGGCGAUGUUGUCACAAUCUGCUCUCAGUACGGAGAACCGGUCUAUGUCAACCUGAUCCGCGACAAGGAAACGGGCAAGAGCAAAGGCUUCGCGUUUCUCAAAUAUGAGGACCAGCGCAGCACUGACCUUGCAGUGGAUAACCUAGGCGGUGCGACAGUCCUAGGCCGCAUGCUGCGAGUGGACCAUACCCGUUAUAAGCGACGCGAUGAUGAAGAAGAAGGAGAUAAUGUCGCAAAGCUGAUGGGCGAUGCGACGGCCGAGAACAAAGGAGAGAAUCCUAGCGACCGACACCAAGGAUCUGGCGAUACAGAUCGCGAAGAAAGGAGGCCAAUGUUGAAGGAAGAGAGGGAACUACAAGAUUUGAUUCAGAACCACGAUGAUGAAGAUCCAAUGAAGGAAUUUCUCAUCGAGGAAAAGAAGGAAGAGAUCGCGCGUGCAGUCGAGAAAUACAGAAGCAGUGAGAAGAGGUCCUCCCGGCGCCGAGGGGAUAGUAGGGAACGGUCAAGCCGACACAGUCGGCGGCAUCGAUCUCGCGAGCGCGAGCGCAGAGACCGGGAUGAUCGCUCUCCCGGUCGAGAAAGGACCCGGCACCGAUCGUCAGAUCGCGAGAGAGGAUCCCAAAGAGAUCGAACACCGGUCAUGUCUCGCUCGGAUCGCAAUCGCGAUGAUCGUUCGCCAACUCGUGAGAGAAGGCCACGGCGAAAAUCGGAGGAAAGGUCUAGAAGAGAUCGGACACCAAAGCGAUCACGCUCGCCCGAGUCACGUAGACACCGAAGUGACCGAGAUCGGGACGAUCGCCGCUGA